AUGAGGCCUGGCUCCCUCAGGUACACAGAUGUCGGCCAUCGUGCCAGCGAAUGUGCCCACUCCUGGCUCGAACAGGGACUUGAAAUUAGUCAGGAGGCUUGGGACAUCUUUCACCGCAUGCAGGAUGGCUUCCUGGUGCAAGAGACAUAUGCGCCGGAAGGGCCUGGCUCAGGCUGCCCACUGAGCAGCCUCAACCUGUCUCACAAUGCCUUCGAGAGGCUGCCUCCCAUGCUGGCCUGCAGGGCGCCCCACCUGGCUCGAGUGAACCUCAGCUACAACGGGCUGGCUUCACCCGGCGAGCUGAGGUUCUACCCUGUUAGUCUGCGUCACCUCGACCUGUCCUACAAUCGAUUAGCUGUGUGGUGGACGCCAGCAAUAACUGACACCACCUGUGCUGCAACUGGGGGCAGCUGCCUGCACCAAAGCCAUUGGCGUCUGGAGAACCUGCGCACACUGCUGCUGGCCAGUAAUCAGCUGCCAGGGCUCCAAGGUCUAGUGGGGCAGCAAGACGGGAACGACUCCAAGGAGGUGCCGCUUUUUCCGAAUCUGUUCAUGCUGGAUGUAAGCAACAACCUCCUGAGCGACGUGCCAGCAACACUGGCUGAGCUUGGCUCCCUCUCGGUGUUAAACUUGAGCGGGAACCCAGGCAUCAUCGAGCUGCCUCCACAGCUCGGCCUUCUGUCGAAGCUGUGGAACCUGAACCUGCGUGGCUGCAGCUUGCACGAGCCGCUCGCGUCCAUGGUGCGCUCCACCCGCUACCGCACCACUGACCUCGUCGGAUACCUCAAGUCUAUUCUCCAAGAGUGA